AUGUUCCUGUCCUAUGAAGAAGAUCUGGGGAUCAUCCUGGUCUCCUUUGCCUUACUCUUGUCCUUAACCACAGGCAUUGUUUUAAUCAUAUUAAUUAAAUACAUAGAAACUCCCAUCGUCAAAGCAAACAACCGGGAUCUCUCUUACAUCCUCCUGGUCUCCCUCCUGCUUUGCUUCUUGUCCUCCUUUCUCUUCAUUGGUCGACCAAGGAAAGUCACGUGCUUGUUUCGACAAAUGGUAUUCAGCAUCAUCUUCUCAGUUGCCAUAUCUUCUGUCUUGGCCAAAACGAUCACGGUGGUACUGGCCUUCCUGGCCACAAAACCAGGGAACAGAGUGAGGAGAUGGUUGGGGAAGAGCUUGGCCAACUCCAUCAUCCUUUCUUGUUCUGCUUUCCAAAUUCUCAUCUGCUCCAUCUGGCUGGGAGUUUCUCCCCCAUUCCCUGACUCUGACCUCCACUCGCAGCCUGGAGUGAUCAUCCUGCAAUGCAAUGAAGGGUCUGUUGUCAUGUUCUACAUCACCCUGAGUUACAUGGGCUUCCUUUCUGCCAUCUGCUUCAUAGUGGCUUUCCUGGCCAGGAACCUGCCUGGGGCCUUCAAUGAAGCCAAGCUGAUC